AUGGUCACAAAUUUUUUGAUACCGGUCUUAGUAAUUGCUUUAUUUAGCGGCGCGAAAGCCCAAAGCUGCCAAAAUCCUCAGGUUGAAGCAACUUCAUUCACAAGUUUGGAUGCAACGAUAGUCACACAAAUUGCUUACAUUACAGAAUUUACACUGAAAUGUGAUAAUCCUUUGCCUGCAAACUACGCGUUGUAUGCUGAGGUGGAUGGAAAACCAUUGACAGCUGCGCGCAUUGGUGAAAAUAGAUACCAGGUAUCAUGGACGGAAGAGCCAUCAACUGCGCGUUCGGGCGUCCACGAAGUUCGCAUUUUAGAUGAAGAAGGCUGGGCUGCAUUGCGUCGCGCUCGCCGCUCAGAUCCCAACGCCAAUGUUGCACCUCUGCUGGCUAUUCAGCUUCAACAUCCUGGCAGCUACUCUGGUCCCUGGGUGAACUCUGAGGCGCUGGCCACUGUUUUGUCGGUCCUCAUUGCCUAUGUCGCACUGCUCAACAAAACCAAAAUCUUAGCGUAG